AUGAGGAGCGGGAAGGCCGCCUGUGCCCUGGAGACCGUCUGGGAGGACAAGCAGAGGCAUGUGGAGGCUCAGGCAGCCCCCACCCAGCCGCCCCUGGCCCAGGCUCCAGCCGUGAAUGGGCCAGGCCCAGGGGAUGCAGAGGACCUGGAAGAGGCAGAGGGCCCUGGGAAGGUCCGCCCUGGGAAGAAGCCCCUGCAGAAGAAGAGGAAGCGUUCCCCAAAGAGUGGCCUGGGCCCAGUGGACCUGGCCAUGGUGGGCCUCUCUGCUGACCAUGUCUGGCUGGACAAGCCACUUUUUGACCAGGCAGAGAGUUCCUACCGCCAGAGGCUGGCAGAUGUGGCUGCCCAGGCAUCACAGGCGUCCCACGUGUCCCAGCCACCUGCCCUGAUCCUCCAAGGUCCCUGCACCCAUGGGAGCCAGGUGGCCUGCCACCAUGUGACCUUGGGUGUCUGGGUCAACAAGUCUGCCUUCGACCAGGCUGAGCGGGUGUUCGUGGAGUGGUCUCAGGCCCUGCUGCUGGCUACAGAAGGGAGUGGCCAGCAGAGGGCUCCCGAACUGGCCUCCACGCACCCACCCAGCCCACUGGCCAACCGCCAGCCCCCGCUAAGCAGUCUGCAGGCGCUGGUGCAAGAGGUGUGGCUAGAGAAGCCCCGCUAUGAUGCAGCUGAGAGGGGCUUCUAUGAGGCCCUGUUUGAUGGCCACCCCCCUGGGAAGGUGCGGCUACAGGAGCGAGCUGGCCAGGCUGAGGUUGCCCGGAGGGGCCGCAGAGACCGACGGACCCGCACUACCAUGAGCAGCAAGCGAGGAGGGCUGCGGAGGGCUGACGGAGAGUCGUCCCCAGCUCUGCCUUACUGGUACUUCUUACACAAGGAUGCUGAGGCACCCUGGCUGAGCAAGCCCGCCUACGACAGUGCUGAGUGUCGCCACCAUGCUGCUGAGGCCCUGCGCAUGGCCUGGCGCCUCGAGGCCGUGUCUCUGGCCCACCGACCUGGUCCCCGGCCCAGCCCGAGUGUGUCCAGCCUGAGACCCAACAGGAAAAUGGCUACCAAUUUCCUCAUGCACGAGAAGAUUUGGUUUGACAAGUUCAAAUACGAUGAUGCAGAAAGAAAGUUCUAUGAGCAGAUGAACGGGCCUGUGAGCAACGCCUCGCGCCAGGAGAACGGCGCCAGCGUGAUCCUCCGCGACAUUGCGAGAGCCAGAGAAAACAUCCAGAAAUCGCUGGCUGGAAGCUCAGGCAGCGGGGCCUCCAGUGGGCCAGGUGGAGACCACAGCGAGCUUGUCAUGCGGAUCGCCAGCCUGGAAGUGGAGAACCAGGGACUGCGAGGCGUGGUACAAGACCUGCAGCGGGCCAUCUCCAAGCUGGAGGCCCGACUAAGUGCACUAGAGAGGAACUCACCUGCUCACCGGACCACAGCCCCACAGACUCAGCAUGUGUCCCCCAUGCGCCAAAUGGAGUCUUCCACCAAGAAAACAGCCACAGAGGAUGAUGAGGACGAUGACAUCGACCUGUUCGGCAGUGAUGAGGAGGAGGACAAGGAGGCAGCCCGCCUGCGGGAGGAGAGGCUUCGGCAGUAUGCAGAAAAGAAAGCCAAAAAGCCAGCACUGGUGGCCAAGUCCUCCAUCCUCCUGGAUGUCAAGCCAUGGGAUGAUGAAACUGACAUGGGCCAAUUGGAGGCCUGUGUGCGCUCCAUCCAACUCGAUGGGCUGACCUGGGGGGGCUCCAAGCUGGUACCUGUGGGCUACGGCAUCCACAAGCUGCAAAUCCAGUGCGUGGUGGAGGAUGACAAGGUGGGCACUGACCUGCUGGAGGAGGAGAUCACCAAGUUUGAGGAACACGUGCAGAGCGUGGACAUUGCUGCCUUCAACAAGAUCUGAGUCCUGGCAUCCGGCUGGGGGUGUGUGUGCAAGGAGUUGAACUUGUGUGAUUAAAGACUUGAGAUUCUGGGCCCUG